AACAAAGUACACAGCUGGCACACAAAAACAAAACAAAAAAAAAUCUAGUGGUAAAAAAAACCCCACUUUUCUUUUCCCUUUCUUUUUCUCAAAAUUCCCCUUAAUCGAAUUCAAUUCUCUCAUCAAUCGAUACCAGAUCACAAUCACAAAACACUAAAAAGAAGAAAAACCCAGAAACCCAUUAUAGUUAAACAUCAAUUUAUAAGCUCACUUGCUGCAUUUGUUUUGAUUUGUCCGAAAAAUGCGGGAUUUUCUGAAGAGAAGAAGUAGAGAUUUUCGGAUAACAGCCGCAGCAGCAGGAGGAUUUGUAGUUUGAGUCAUGCACGGGUUUAGUAGAUUAUGGUCAGGGUCAGGAUGGAUAAGUAGUGGUGGUGGAGGUGGUGGUGAUUCUCCAACAUUAAUGACUACAGCUACAGCAAUGGCAACAGCAUCACCACCAACAUCACCUACUGUGUCACCUAGGUUUAGACAUAGUAGUAGAAGGAAAUCUUCUUCUUCUGUUUAUGGUAGUGGGAAAAGUUCAGGAGGACCGCCGAAAUUAGAGAAUUUUAUUGAGAGAAUUGUGUAUAUUUUUUUAUCUGCUGUUUUUAGGAGAAGAGGUGUUUUAUUAUUUGCUCCAAUUUUUUAUUUUUCUGGUAUGUUAAUGUAUAUGGAUUCUUUAAGUUUGUUACCUGGAUCAAGAAUUGGUGGUGGUGGUGAUCGGAGUUCUUCACCGCCCGGUUCGAUUUAUCGGAGUCCUCAAGUUUUUGAAAAGCUUUGGCCGUAUAUGCAGCUUGAUACCAAUCAUAGCUACAAUGAGUUGAUGUCAGCGUGGCGCCGGAGAUUACAUCAAACUUGGAGGCCUUGUGUUAACUGGAGUACUGCUUCAUCAGAGUUGUCCAAACUGCCGAAGUCAAAUGGUUUCCUUAUAAUUGAAGCAAAUGGUGGAUUGAAUCAACAACGUAUAUCUAUAUGUGAUGCAGUGGCUGUUGCUGCGUUACUGAACGCUACCCUCGUCAUUCCUAGGUUUCAUUUGAAUAGUGUUUGGCGUGAUUCCAGCAAGUUCGGUGAAAUAUUUGACGAGGAGUUCUUCAUAUAUUCUCUCAGAAAUAAUGUUAACGUAAUCAAAGAGCUUCCAGAAGAUGUAUUACAUCGGUUCGAUAAUAAUAUAAGUAAUAUAGUGAACUUGAGAGUUAAAGCCUGGUCUACUCCAUCAUAUUAUCUUCGCAAGGUUCUUCCAAAGCUGUUGGAACUGGGAGCUGUACGAAUUGCACCCUUCUCCAACAGAUUGGCUCAUGCAGUUCCCUCAGAAACUCAGAGCCUUAGAUGCUUGGCCAAUUAUGAAGCAUUGAGGUUUUCAAAACCUAUACAAUCACUUGCUGAAAAGAUGGUUGAUCGGAUGAUCAGGAAUAGCUCAAUUAGUGGUGGAAACUAUGUCUCAGUACAUCUUCGAUUUGAAGAGGAUAUGGUAGCUUUUUCAUGCUGUAUUUAUGAUGGUGGUGAGGAAGAAAAACUUGAAAUGGAUAAUGCUCGGCAAAAGAAUUGGAGGGGAAAGUUUAAAAAAGCUGGUCGAGUAAUAAAACCAGGUGCAAAUCGGAUGGAUGGAAAAUGCCCACUAACUCCAAUAGAGGUAGGAAUGAUACUUAGAGGUAUGGGUUUUGACAAUACUACCUCAGUAUAUGUUGCUGCUGGGAAAAUUUAUAGGGCAGAAAAAUAUAUGGCACCACUUCGACAGAUGUUUCCUUUGUUAGAAACCAAGGAAACUCUUGCCUCAGAAUUGGAACUUGCUCCGUUUCAGGGUCACUCGUCUAGGCUGGCUGCCCUAGAUUAUGCUGUAUGCCUUCAUAGUGAAGUGUUUUUAACAACUCAAGGUGGAAACUUUCCCCAUUUUCUCAUGGGUCAUAGACGUUAUCUAUAUGGAGGACACGCAAAGACAAUCAGGCCUGAUAAAAGGAAACUUGUCAUAUUAUUUGAUAGCCCAAACAUCAGAUGGGAAAAUUUCAAGCGCCAAAUGCACGAAAUGCUUCGCCACAGUGAUUCAAAAGGUUAUGAAAUGAGGAAACCUAGUAGCUCAUUGUACACCUUUCCCAUGCCAGAUUGUAUGUGUAAACAGCAAGAACUAGAAGAAGUACAAAAUAUAGAUGGUAACAUAACGGUGACUAUAAGUUAGAACGGAUGAUACAUGAAGAAAUGUAUAACAGAUUACUGCAACAUUUUUCUAUACAUGUAAUUGCCUAGUAAUGUAUCUAAACAAUCUGUCAAUUUAGAUGUUUGGAACGUAACUUAUUAGAAGAGAGCUUAUCAACAUAGUUAUUCUUUAGAGUUUCAUUAGCUCUACAAAAUUGUAACUCAAUAGUUAAUAUUCAAUAUUCAAUAUUCAUUGUACAUGAUUUAAGUGAAAUACAGGCUUUAUUUGAUAGUAAAA